UUACAGUAUACUAAUGGACAACUUGCUAAGUAUCAAACACAUUAAGAACGGUAUUUACUGUAUCAGUACGAUGGUUUUACCUCCUCAUAAUUACCAUCAUCAUCAUUAAACAGUGGCUUCACUUCUAUGGAGCCGGCAUUUUCUGCUCCCGGGAAACCUGGAGAUGUUAUAUGUCAUGAUGGGGUCAUGGUGGGUGCACAUACUUAUUUUUUUUCAGAGCACCGGACUGAUAUUCGGAACUAUUUCACAAACAAGUGGUUCCUGCAACGAGAGAUGUUCCUACUGUCUUGGAACAAAGUGUCGGGAAUGUCUCUACGGCUGGUAUGGACGAGACUGUAAUGACAAAUGCAGUGAGUAUUGCUGGCAUGGUGGAUGUGAGAGGAUAACAGGACGUUGUUAUCAGUGUGUUCCUGGAAGACACUCAGGUGACUGUACCCAACUCUGCUCUCAUCACUGCAGUGAGAAUAGCAACGGACAGGUCAACUGUGACAUAACGACUGGAAACUGUUUGGAGGAUUGCGUGGAAGGAAGGUGGGGUCCACGAUGCCAGUAUAGAUGUCCAGACAACUGCAAAGAAGACCUUUGCUACAAAGAGGAUGGAGGGUGUCUGAGAGGCUGCGUUGAUGGAUUUCAUGGUUCCAUGUGUAAAGAUCAGUGCUCCGAAGGUUGUUUGAACUCCACAUGCCAAUGGUUCACUGGCAAAUGUACACAUGGAUGUAAGAACGGUUACCUUGGCUCCACGUGUUUGUACCCAAUGGCCAGACACUGCCUCAACCAGGCUUACUAUGCCGAACACCAUACCGUGGCGUGUACUGAUGGGUGUGACGAUGGUUACACUUCAGAAACAUGUAACGAAACAUGUAACACUGGGUGUCUUAAAUGUCACCAGUAUUCAAAGACAUGUUUGUCAUGUAUCUCCGGAUUGUAUGGCGACAAAUGCCAAAUCGAAUGCAGUAUGACAUGCAAUGAGUUGAACUGUGACAUGUCAGGUGGAUGUGACAAAGGGUGUACCCCGGGUUUCCGCGGUGUAUAUUGUAAUGACACCUGUCCAUACAACUGUUUGUCAUGUAGUCAGCAUACCGAGACGUGUACAGAUUGUAAGGUGGGAUAUACUGGCCCUGAGUGUACGGAGGUGGACACAUACAACGCGCUGGACGUCACAGGUGGUUCCUGCAACGAGAGAUGUUCCUACUGUCUUGGAACAAAGUGUCGGGAAUGUCACUACGGCUGUCUGAGGUUAAAGUACAUUUUUUCACAUGUGUCUGUCGGUCAUUUACAGUUACACGUGAAUUUUGUAGCUGGAGAAGUCCUUCUCAUAGACAUGUGGAAUGUUUACAGCGGACCGACUUUUCUGAUACUCCUCAUCAGUGGAUAUAUCGGUGAGGCCUCUGAUGAAUGUAGUUAUGUACAGCGGUGUAAAGACGAGGUCUGUGAUGGAGCUGGCUGCACAAAGGGCUGCAAGGAUGGUUACUACGGCCAGUGUAGAUAUAACUGCACUGGUAACUGCAUGAACAAUCGCUGCAAUGAGUCUGCAUUUGGUGGAGCAUCUUGUAUAGAUGGAUGCAAAGACGGCUUUUGGGGUGAGAAAUGCACCUCUAAGUGUCCCCACGUUUGUAAGCGAUGCAACAAUGACGCUUCAUGCAGCGAAUGUGACGGCUUCCAUUACGGACCCAUGUGUACGGCAGACUGCAGGGGAACAUGUUCUGUGUCUGGUUGCCACAGCAACGGGACAUGCAGGCAAGGCAAUCACACGAUGUCUCCAUGUGGCUCUAACUGCAUCUUCUGUAACGUCUCCAGUGGCAUCUGCACGCGCUGCAGAAGAACCUACGCUGGGGAGAAAUGCGACGUAUAUUGCGGAAACUGUGCCGGAAGUUGUUCUGUUGAUGGAUGUUUAGAAGGAUGCUCACCAGGUCACCGGGGACCGUACUGUGAAGAUAGCUGCAGCGAAAGGUGUUCUGGGAAUAUCUGUGAUCAGGAAUCCGGGGAAUGUUUGAAAGGGUGUCACAAUGGAUAUCACGAUCCCGAUUGUUCCAAAAUAUGCCCAAGUCGUUGUAUACGGGAUAUCUGUCAUCAACGUUCAGGACAAUGCAAACACGGCUGCCAGAAUGGACAUUACGGACCCUCGUGUAAACGGAUUUGUGAAAACUGUUUUGAUGAGACAUGCAAUCGCAGCACCGGCCGAUGUGUGUACGGAUGCAGUGACGGGAGGUAUGGGCUGGACUGUAACCAAGAAUGCAGCCAGCUGUGUCAGUCUGGGAGAUGCCGGAGGGAAGAUGGGGCGUGUUUGAUAGGGGACGGCAUCAAUUCUACCCCAAAACCAUCCUUGGGAAAAGAAGCAGUCCGUACCAAUGUGUAUUUAAUACUCGCCUCAGUGGGGAUAUUCUUGCUAUGUGUAGUGGCAGCGGGGAUACUGAUGAUAAGGUUCUGCCGAUCUCCCUGUCUGACGAGACUGAACAGGACCAAUCCUCCACCGUCAAGAGGAUCACUACCAGGCCCCCCACCUCUACAGCCCAGCAGCAACAUGUACAGUGUAAUAUACGAAGACCAAAUGGACUCAAGUGCCCAGUCCCUGAGAAGUAACACCUUAACUCGGCCUGCCCUUGUGCUUCCCAUGUCGAACAUUGUGUCCCCGUCUAAAGACGAGCCAGAGGAGUGCGUGUUCUCAACCCCUGGGGAGGUUCUCCAAAUACCCUCGUCUUCUGACAAACCGGCAUCGGAAUAUCCUGAACAACCCAACCUCUGUGCGUCUCCAGAACCUGACAGUUCCACCUACGAAAGUCUCUCUAGUGGGCCCCACAGCCCACACAAACAGAGAACUGUUCCUCGUUCCUAUAUCACUCCGGUCUCUGAUGACCAUCAACCUCAGCUGUCAUAAAACUGUGUUAUUGAGAAAUGUCCAAGCUAAAUCACCACUACCCGUAAAUGACAGUGUCAAGAGCAGAGAUAUCAGUGACUUUAUUAUGAGCAACGGCUCUCACUUUGUACUUGUCUUCUGCCGACCACAUGGCUGAUUUUGACAUACAGUGUCAACACAUGAGCAACAAGUAGUCGAUAGAUCAUUUUUAUAAGUUUUAUAUUUUACAAAUAGUGAUAAUUUAAUCAAUAGGCAAGCUUAUCUAAUGUGAAGUGAAAUUGGAAACCGGAACUGACUUCCUUGAUGAUUUUGAUGUAAAUAACUUUACAUUAUAAAUGAAACACAUUUGUGAAGAAUCUUUCAACUUCAGUGGGGAAUAAGUAGAGUGAGGUUUAACACUGCUUGAAUCAGUGGUCCAGUUAAAUAACCGCGUGUCAGUUUAAUAUAAGAGGUAAGGUCUGGAGCAUGUCAGUCUCAGACGUGUACCACUUUGGUCUGCUCUAGAAAGCAGUAUUUGUACCCACGAUCUUGGGUUUCUGAGGUGAAUAAGGGACGCAACUCUGCAGCGCCUCAAACACAAGGGCAAGACCCUACUCGUUCCCCCAAAGUAAUUAUGGAAGGUAUGGUAGACUAUCAUUUUGAACAUAGUUACUGAAUCAUCUCUCUUCCCUGGAAGUUCUACAAAAAGCUGGCUUCUUUCCUGAACUAGACUUACCAAUAUGCACCAUAAUGUCAACCUUAAACAAUCUGUUUUUCUCCGAGUAUUUCAUUUUUCCUGAUGGUGUCAGACAGGUUGAAUACCUUUCCCCCCUCCAUCGUUUUAUGAAUAUAUGCUGCACUUUAACCCGCAGAUUCAUAAAACUAUUUGGAAAUAGAACUGGAUCGAAAUGGAAGAUUGAUACACGAUGAAUAUACUGUCCAAAAAUGGAACUAAAGCCAUGUAUAGUCUGCUUAAGUCCUCAAGUAUCUGAUACAUUACAGCAUAUCUGACACAUAUAUAUUUAUGUAUCAGACAACUGCUGGCAUUUUUAAACCCAUCGGUGUGUUCAACACAACGGCUUUUCUCAAUCACCAUUUUCAUCACAAAUGCGAACUAAGGAGUAUUUACAUGAUCUGCCUUUGUUUCAAAAUACCCAUUUCUUUCUGGAUCUUUCAUUUAAUCCUGUAUAAAGAACUACCAUGUGUUAAUUACCUCUUGGAACAGACAUAUUUAAUCACCAGAAAAACCAUCGAGGGUAACUUUUAAAUGAGAUGAUUUCGUUUGAAAGUGAAACUCUCCUAAGGCAACGAUAUGUUCUCCUUUAAUAGCAAAUAUGUUAAGUGUUAAACUUUUGACUACCAGUGUUAGACAAUUGACAAACCCUAAUUAUGUAAAUAAUCCAGUUAGCAGAAACAAUGUGACUUUAUUUUAUUUUCACGACUGUUGAGUUGCAACGGUUUUGUACAUAAUGGAAAUUGUAUAUUUUAACAACAUGAUGUUUGUAGAAUACGUGAGUAAACUUAAGGUUGGUUUCAGGAAACUGUCCAUGCGAUAGUUGACGUUCAUCAUCAUUAUCAGCACCAUCACCAUCAUUAUUAUCAUUGCAGUUAUGAUAAGUUUGUAUGAAACCGAAAUAAAAACAAUGUUUAAUAAAAACAACACAUAAAGAUUUCCGCAAA